CGCGCGCAUCCAGCGCCUACCCACAAUCCUUUGCGUUGUCUCUGCACCAAGACAGCAAAUUACUUGUGAAAUAUUACUAAUUAUUUCUUCAAUUUUGCUAACAUUUCGGCCCUUUUCAAACUCGCUGUGUAGUCAAUCAAACAAUGCCGAAGAAUAAAGGAAAGGGAGGCAAGAACCGUAGAAGGGGUAAAAACGAAAAUGAAACUGAAAAACGUGAAUUGGUCUUCAAGGAAGAUGGACAAGAAUAUGCACAAGUCACAAAAAUGUUGGGAAACGGACGACUGGAAGCUAUGUGCUUUGAUGGUGUUAAAAGGUUAUGUCACAUACGAGGCAAGCUCAGGAAGAAGGUGUGGAUCAAUCAAGGCGAUAUCAUCCUCAUCGGUUUAAGAGACUACCAAGACGCCAAAGCGGACGUAAUCUUGAAAUACACACCAGAUGAAGCUCGUAAUUUGAAGACAUACGGAGAGUUCCCUGAAUCUGUAAGAAUUAACGAGACUGUUACAUUCGUUGAGGAAGGUUUCGAUGAAGAUAUCGAAUUUGGUGAUGAUAUUAGUUCAGCAGACGAAGCUGAUCCCGUCGAUGGUAUCUGAUGUUCACAAGAUCAAUCUUCCAUCAAGUACUUGCCAUCUGAUUUUAGAGUACUUCAGUUGGUUUCAUCUCUAGGUAAAAUUUGUUUAUAACUGUUAACAUGUACAAUUAAACAAGUGCUUUUUGUUAAAUAUCUGAAUUCUGUUAGUGUAUAUUUAUUUCCCAAUCACAUUUCUAAAGUACUUGUUGGCUUAAUUUAAAGAUUCUGUAUGUAUAUUUUAUAUGGUUUUCUGAUUUACAGCAUUAAGUUUUUAUUUUUCAAAGAAUGGAAAACAUUGUAAACUGAAAAAAAAAAUAAAAAUGUAACUAAAUUGUC